GCUGCGGGUUCGGCUGCGCGGCGGGGCUGAGGCGGCCGCGGCUGCCCGAGCGCAGGGAGCGGACGUGCGGUUCCCGAGCCUCGGCGGUGAAGACAGCUCAGCCCCGGGCACAGCUCUCUGGACAGCAGGGCCGGCGCUGAUGGCAGACAAUGUCAGCCACUAACAACGUAGCCCAGGCCCGGAAGCUGGUGGAGCAGCUGCGCAUCGAAGCCGGCAUCGAGCGCAUCAAGGUGUCCAAAGCCUCGUCGGAACUCAUGAGCUACUGCGAGCAGCACGCCCGGAGCGACCCCCUGCUGGUGGGAGUCCCCGCCUCCGAGAACCCCUUUAAGGACAAGAAGCCUUGUAUUAUCCUGUAGCCUCGUCUCCGGCGUCCCUCCCUCCGGCUCCCUCCGCUCGGGCGUCGCUCCCUGUGCCGGCAAGCGAGCCAUCUCCAGUCCCAAAACGCUCAUCCCCAAGAGAGGCGAGCAGCCGCCACCAUGGACGUGGCAAAAUGCGUCCUCUGGGUCUAGCUGGAGCUUCAAGCCCAGCAGCGCUGUCCUGUCCGGGCCCCGCAGGGAGACGCGGGGGGGCUCUGGCCCGUGGGGAGCC